AUGAGGCCGAGCAGACGGCCUGCAAGCUUCUCACGCUGGAGUUCUGGUCUCGCCGCAGCCACCCUCGGCGAUGACGACGACGGCCCCCGACACCGUCGUCAGCAUGCGCCACUCCUUCUACACCAGGUUCAGUUCAGGUCGGACCCCACCCUCGGCCUCGGCGCCAGGCUCUGGGGAGGCGACGAGGUCGCCGCCGCCAGACGCCAGACGACCUCCGACCACCAGGGAUGGAUGGUUCCUGCCAGACGUCACACCCCGCGAGGCGGUUGUCACCGUCAGCUCCAUGGGUGCGCUAUCUAA